AUGACCGAACUACUCAGGCGAACGACUUUCGAGGCAACAAAUGGCCACCAGCUGGCAAUCGUUACAUUGCCCAUUAUCAUGGCAUCAUUAGCCACGGUGACCGUAGUGUUCAGAUUUCGCUCGAGGCGGAUUCAGAAGCAGAAGUACAUGUUUGAUGACUGGCUGGCACUUGCCGCACUUGUCUUGACAUGGACCUUCCAAGGGGUGAACAUGGCAGCAGUUUUUGCUGGCGGCGCGGGACUUCCAAUCACCACGGUCAUGGCCGUUGAUCCCCAGGCGCUAUAUACAUAUCUUAAGAUUGUUGUUGCGAAUUUCUCUCUUUGGAUUUUCACCGUCACCGUCGUGCAGCUUUCCAUCUUGUCCUUUUAUCUUCGUAUUUUCGGAGUACACAAGAUCUUCACAUGGGCCUGCUACAUAACCAUAUUCUUGGUUGUUGGUAUGGGGAUUGCUGGAUUUUGCCUGGCAAUAUUUUCAUGCAAUCCAAUCAGCGUGCUUUGGGACCCAACCGUACAGGGAACUUGCAUUGAUUCUACCAAGAGUUGUUCGGCUGUCGGCAUUAUCCACGUUUUGCUUGAUUUGGCCAUUGUCGUGAUGCCAAUGCCAUUGAUCUGGAAUUUGAAAAUAGCUUUCUCGAGUAAAGUUGUGUUAUCUUGCCUGCUUGGACUUGGACUUGUUGCAACGGUUAUUUCCCUCAUUAAAAUCGAUUGUGUCUUCGAUCUUACCGGCAUUCCUUCAUCCGACGUCACGGACUACCUCUGGCUUACCAUCCUGCUGCAGACUCUGGAACUUCCGAUUGGAAUUAUCUGCUGCUGUGUGCCGAGUCUAAAGCCUGUAGUGGUUGAGCUUGCACCCACCCUAAGGUCGUUCACAACCCGUCUGCUCUCCCUGACCCGACAAAGUGGCGGAUCUAGCAGUCGCAUAGCGGAUGAGAGCUGGCCACGAGCCAACUCUGAGAAUGAGUCCACUCCGAGGUUUGUCCCUGUUGACUCCAGCUUCAACAAUGUGAAAGGACAAAACCUGGGACAUACUGUCGAUGCCAGAGGCAACAGCGUUGAGCUCUCGGAGCAACCCAAAUUUGGCGAGAAUAGGGGAAGAGGAAUUGCAGUCUCAAAUACCUACAAUGUCCGCCAAGAGUGA